CCAAAAACAACAACAAACAAACAAACAAUAGACUGAGGCAAAUGCUCUGUCGGGGAAUAUAAGAGGAGAAACACACGCGCACGUUUGCAUCUGUGACUGAAGAGGCUGAGCAGCAACAACAUGGAUCUGUCCUUCAUGGCCGCGCAGAUCCCAGUCAUGACGGGAGCUUUCAUGGACUCCUCGCCCAACGACGACUACAGCGGCGAGCACUCGCUGUUCAACUCGUCCGCCAGCGUCCACGCCGCCGCCUCGGCCGCCUCGGUUCACGGGCAGCAGGACGAGUCGCAGCCCAUGUCCAGCGACGCCAUCUGGCUCUGGAUCGCCAUCGUUGCCACUAUUGGAAACAUCGUGGUGGUGGGCGUGGUCUACGCCUGCACUUUCUGAUGAGCAAAGACGUGUGGUGACAAAGACAGACUCUGGAUCUCUGGAGAGUGAGGCCUCACUUUGCCGAUACACAUGCUCUCUCUCUGUCUCUUUCUGUCUCUCUCAGUUUUGGGCCCCGAGGGUGUUUAAGUUGUGAUACUAAAGAAUGACAUAUAGACGCUCAUAUUUCUUCAUCUGAGGAAAAGACUGGAACUUGGCUACAUUUGUAGUCAACAGCAGGAAGUCUGAGAAGAAGCUUCUUUUUUUCUGUGUGUGUGUGUGUGUGUGUGUGUGAUAGCUCUUAGAGACGCCAUCCUAAGUUUGUUUCCAUGUUUUUAGACAACAGCCUUACUUGAAAUGCAGAGAGAAGAAUGGAGAUUAAAUAGAGCUUAAGAUUCAGGUUGAUCCACACACACACACACACACACACACACACCAGGCAGUUGCAAAGCAGUGCUGUUUAAUUAUGCGGCUGAACAGAGAUGGUGUUUGUUAAAAAAUUUAAAUAAAAGUCCUGGGUUUAUUUUUCGUGUUAGGGAAACCCUUAGGGUGAGAACGUAUGGGCUCAUUUAAGGACUCAUCUGUGGACAAAACAUACUAUGGACACAGAUCAUUAGUGUUUAUGAUAUGUUUUCUGAACAAUGGUUCACACAGUCACAUUCGUGGGGGUUAAAAUGAUCCCUUUUCAGUAAUAUUCACUAUGCAGGGAUCAUCAGAAAGUCAAAUUAUAAAUGUCAUGGUGGGUUCACUUAUGUUUAAAUCUUAUCUACAAGUGAAUAGACAUUGAAGCACAACUUCUGAACGUAUUCACUGCAUUUGUUUUUGUCAUUAUUUAGAAAUGUCAAUGUAGGUCAACUGCAGAAGAUACGAUUUCCCAGUGUUGCUGAUUAUGUCAGGGCAGACGAGGGGAAAGUGGUUUAGCGUCUGUUUCCAAAAGUAAGGUAACACUGACCCGGUCUCUCGUGAAGUUUGUGAUGAAUGUGUACCAAUGUGAGUCGGAAGUGAUGAUUAUUCCGUAAAUUAGAUUUGUGUUCCUGUGGAGGCUGGAGGCAGCUGUCUCCAUGGCAACUAAUACUCGCCCUAAUUGGGAACAAUAGCAUUACUUUCCGUCUCAAACUUAAAGCCGCAGCUACACGUGCAAUUACACUGUUUCAAAGAGAAAACUAUACAUGGCACUGCGUUUAUACAUCCUUUAUUGCUUGUAGAAAUUGCCUUUAAGUCUGCUAAGCGAUGUUCAAGCUUUGCUGACUGUUUAUCCCUCCCUGUUUUUUUUUGUUUUUUUAAACAUGGACUACAAAAGUGAAUAAAACAAUAUUGUUUUGUUUUGUUCCAUAUGUGCAUUCAAAGACAGCAAAUUGUUUUUCUGUUAAUUACUUUCUGGUCUACAUAUUUAGACAAUACUGAGAGAGGGGGGAGUUGUUUAUUUCAUUUUCUUUGCCAUUAAUAUUUGUCCUGGGAUUUCGAAGUCUCCGUUAUUGUGCUUUAGAUUAAAGAAUACAAACCUGUGUUGUAAACACCAUUAUCUGUUCAUAAUUGUUCAUACACUGUAACAAACAAAUACUGUAUCAACUGUACCAUGGAAACCAGACGUGCACUAAUCUCUUGUUAUUAUGAGUGUUCAUAUACGAUGUUCAAAGGAGGACAUUUAAAGCCUGAUAUUUUUUAAUAAAUGGUUGAUGUAGAAACAUUUGAACCUGUUGUAAACCACAUGCUCAACCA